AGGUCGAUGACGCCAAACGCAAGACGCCGGGCGUACCGCGGGAGCCUGAGGGAAGCCGUGCAUUCCGUUCCAAGGCGUCUGUGAGCCCGCGGAGUAUACGCCAUGAGCAAAGCUCACCCUCCCGAGUUGAAAAAGCUCCGGCGCAUGAGACGUGAAGCCCGCGCAGAGCUCGCGCGUCGGCGUGGUUACCGCCGGCAGCCACCGCACCUCCUUCUGGCCGACUAGUCUCUCUGUCCCGCGCUCCGGUUCCUGGUCACCCGGCGCUGUCCCUCGUUCCUUGAAGAUCUCCAAUGCCACCUUUUGUUGAACAUCUCUAAUAGCAUCAUGUUCGAGAUAGAGGGCUAGAGGGGAAAAUUCUCUCAGGAACUAAGGAGGGGAUGGAAGGGAAGGGUUUUUAAAACUAUGUGAGGCAUUGGAAUCCAAAAGCCACUUUAGUCUUAGAGAAUGUGUUUGUAGUUGUUUCUUUGAGCUUUUACUUAGAAACCUCAUUCUUUUUUCUUGCCUAUUUUUACAUUAAGCUUGAAUGUCAUGUGUUAUCUUGCUCUGAUACUGAAACUAUGUAAGAACAUUCAUUUAUUUUUUAUUAGAACAUUAAUUUUUUUCUAAUCAGAGAAGGCUAAUUUUUUGUGAAGUUUUUUUUACACACCCAGUAAAGACAAACAACUUUAAGGAGGAGAGCCUUAAUUUAGAUUUAUGGACAAGAAGUUAUCAUUGAAAUUAAAUGGUGGCAGACAUGUCCAAGGAAUAUUGCGGGGAUUUGAUCCCUUUAUGAACCUUGUGAUAGAUGAAUGUGUGGAGAUGGCGACUAGUGGGCAACAGAACAAUAUUGGAAUGGUGGUAAUACGAGGGAAUAGUAUCAUCAUGUUAGAAGCCUUGGAACGAGUAUAAAUAAUGGCUGUUCAGCAGAGAAACCCAUGUCCUCUCUCCAUAGGGCCUGUUUUACUAUGAUGUAAAAAUUAGGUCAUAUACAUUUUCAUAUUAGACUUUUUGUUAAAUAAACUUUUCUAAUAGUCAAAAAUGCUUUCUCAAAUGUUCUGAAUAUAGAAUAUUAGCUCUCAUUCCAAUUUUUUCUAACAUGAAUUUUCCUGGUUGACAAUGAUUUCAAAGGGUUUUAUGCAUUAAAGUGGAAGAAUCUUAUUAAAUGUGAAACAUGGCAAGGA